AAAACUACUCUUGUGUGACUGAUACGUUUCAGAUCGGAUGAUUUCCGGUCAGUGUUUUGGCUGUCAGUCAAUGAUGCUCUCUGCUGGUAGGGAAUAGUAGGAUGGCCGAUCACCGCCAGAUGACAGUUUAGAAAGCAAUUAGCGAUCCUUUCAUUAUAUAGAUUGGUGGUUUACACCAAGCACUGUAACAUGAAAGAUAUGCAGAAGCUGCACUGUAACUAGUUAAAAUGAAGAAAGUUAUCAACUUAACUUAUAUUCAAAAUUCAAAAUGGCACAGAACGCAUGUGUUUAUUUGCAGUAGGCUGAAGUCUGUGCGGUGUGUUCACGAGCAGCUUUUUUGACCGACGCCAGGCGACAACACCAUCGGCUUUCGCCGCCGCUAGUCCUUUGAAGUCGGCUUGGUGUGUCCCUGCCUUAAAGUCAUGACUAAGUUUUGAAGCAAGCAGGAAUAUCUGGAGGAGUAUAAUCUGAACUGAGAUCUGCUGCUGUGAAUAUGGUGUUUGUUAAAGAGGAGAGUGAAGAGAACACGAGUGAACCAGAAACAUGGAGAAUAAAACACGAGGAACCAGAAACAUGGAGAAUAAAACACGAGGAACCAGAAACAUGGAGAAUAAAACACGAGGAACCAGAAACCUGGAGAAUAAAACACGGGGAACCAGAAGCCUGCAGAAUAAAACACGGGGAACCAGAAGCCUGCAGAAUAAAACACGAGGAACCAGAAACCUGCAGAAUAAAACACGGGGAACCAGAAGCCUGCAGAAUAAAACACGGGGAACCAGAAGCCUGCAGAAUAAAACACGAGGAACCAGAAACCUGGAGAAUAAAACACGGGGAACCAGAAGCCUGCAGAAUAAAACACGAGGAACCAGAAGCCUGCAGAAUAAAACACGGGGAACCAGAAGCCUGCAGAAUAAAACACGAGGAACCAGAAACCUGCAGAAUAAAACACGAGGAACCAGAAACAUGGACAAUAAAACACGAGGAACCAGAAACCUGCAGAAUAAAACACGAGGAACCAGAAACAUGGACAAUAAAACUGGAAGAACACGGAGGCCUGAAGAAAGUAAAAGAAGAAAGACAAGAUCUGACUGAGGUGGAGGAGAAACAUAAGGAUCAGAAAGAUCAUGAUGUCGGUGGAGAAAAAUCAUUGAGUUGCAGCAUUCAAAUAACAGACGUCAAAAAGCCUUUCAGCUGCUCUCAGUGUGGAAACACUUUCAAACGGAAAGUAAGCCUCAUGAAACACGUGCGAAGUCAUACUGGGGAAAAGCCUUUCAGGUGUUUUCAGUGCGGAAACACUUUCAAAUGUAACGAAAACCUUACGAAUCACAUGUUAAUUCAUGCUGGAAUAAAGCCUUUUGCCUGCUCUCAGUGUGGAAAGAGUUUUACACAGAAAAGACAACUUAAGGAUCAUUUGGUAACUCACACCUCAGAAAAGCCUUUCACUUGCUCUCAAUGUGGAAACACUUUCACACGUAAAGCAAACCUUAAGAUGCACAUGUUAAUUCAUGCUGGGAUAAAGUCUUUCACCUGCUCUCAGUGUGGAAAGAGUUUUGCGCAGAAAGGAGACCUUAAGAAUCAUUUGGUAACUCACUCUUCAGAAAAACCUUUCAGCUGCUCUCAGUGUGGAAACACUUUCACACGUAAAACAAACCUUAAGAAGCACAUGUUAAUUAGGGGUGUACACAAAUAAUUGAACUUUCUAAUAUUCGGUCUGUAAUUAUUUUUCGAAAAAUAAAAACACUAUUCGAAUUUUACUGUGUUGAUUUUCUGGAAUCCAUGGUAGCAGUUAUAACUAAAUGCACUGGGUUUGCGCUGUGGAGCGUGUUAACAAGCAGCUGUACUCGAGUGAGCCGAGAAGAGAGCACAUCUGAUAGCGAAAUGAUCUUGCGAUAUAUAUAAAGUUUCCUUGAGGUAGAGUGGUUUAACACAAAUUGCUAAGAAACUUAGCACGUUAUCUUUGUAUUUGUGUUGUUAUCAGACUGAGGAAUAAUCUUUCACCCGAUCAUGUGGAUAUUAUUGUUUUUUUUCAGCAUUAACAUGUGAAACAUUGAAAACAGGAUAAAUAUAGGCCGACUUGAGUGCAUGUACAUUCUGUACUGUAACUGGCACGGCCUGCUUGAUUUUUCCGUUUGCUCUGCUUGAGCUUGAAUGCUUUUUUUAUAUGUGUGUUUUUUAUUUUUAUUUUUUUGUUUACACUUUUUUCAACCAAAAUA